UAUGAGAAUCCGAAAGAUCAUUGAAGGACAGGUGGGUCGAGCAGAGAAGCACGCACCAGCUGGAGUACUAUUCCAAAUUUCCCAUCAGCUUCUUGAACCUUUUCGGCUCCUUGCCCGGCCCAUUUGGCUGUCAGCAUCGCCCCCCACGGACAUAAAGUGGGACUCUUGAUUCAAAUGUUCAAUCGCGCCCUGCAUGCGCAACUUUGGUCUGAUUGGGCCGCUACAUGCAGCAAAUGUUGCCACACAGUAUCUUGAUCAAGCUACCGCAGCACCAGGAUUUUUUUGGCAGUUCUCUUUAUGCGAUUUCACUCCAUUGCGGCAGCUCUGAGCCUAGGGUCAGCAACUCUGGCAUUGCAUGACCAGUUUCCCAUCAACACCGUUGGAGAAACCAGUGUUCGACCCUUGGAUGUCACCAUCUUAAAUCCUGGUCAUGCAUACGGUAUUAGCUCCAAUAGUGAGCAAUGGAAGUUUGACGAAAAUCCUCCCGAGAAUGCGACAGGAAACUUGAUCUUCGACACUGUCCAUUCACUACUACAGCACUGGCCAAAUACACGGUAUCGUAAUGGACACAACAUAGUACCAGGAGUGAUUCCAAUCGGUACUUUGCUCUAUCACGGUACCAAUGGUUCGCAUAUGAUACCCAGCGAGCCCGAGUGGACCUCUACGGACCCAGAGCAUUCUAUUUUCUUCGCUCGUGGAAAUGGCAGUGGCUGGCACCUCACGCUGGCAGCAACACGACCUCUCAAAGUAUUGUACUUUGAUGGAAGCAGUGCUGCUAAGCUAUCCGGAGGUACAAUGGACAUGCAAGAUACAAUCGUCUGGGGAGAACCGCGACCCGAGCGAUUCUUCGAUGAAAGGGACCGGAUUAAUGGUCUCUGUACGUGGGGCAAGGAAUUUGGAAUUGAUGGUUUCGUGAGGAUGGAAAUGGACUUCGAAGUUAUGUUGUGCGAUUUUACGGCUGGUGUCGAGGUAGUGUCUUUUCUGUACCUCGCAUUACCAAAGGACGAACGGUCAUUCCCUCACCCUACGCCGCUUGAUUCUGACACCGGGACUCGCACGUUUGAAGUUUUGCAUUCCGGCUCAUGGCACAAUCGCUACCCAGGAGAGUCUCGUAUUGUACUGGACCUGACUGGUCUUAUCUCAUUUUAUGACACUGCACUUGCACCAUCCCUCAUUCCGGUUCGCGCAGGUCUUGAACGGUGCGACCACCGCGUACUCGGAAUAUCAUCAGAUGACAUAUCCCGGGUGAUGAGAAAGUUUAUCGAAGUCAUCACUCGACCACACCCAGUAGGCAGCGGCAUUGACUGGAAGACCCUCACCCACGUCAUUGUCAAUCGAUAUGCAGAUCGACUCGAGCUAAUGCAGCAUCUGUUAAACUUUACCUCAUCAGACUCGCAAGAGCUCCUUCAUCAAGCAAAGCUUGCACAGACACAACUCCGUGUCAUGCUUACGCCGUAUCUAUUAUAUUCCACCAUUGUCCCCAGCACAGUCACAUCAGGUGUAGAUGCAUCACAGUGGGCUUUCCCAAUCUUCAGGCUAUGCGCCACAACACACACUUCCAAGAUGAUCGACCAAAUACCAUCUAUGACAUCUUCGGAACGUCUGCUGUUGGCAGCCAUCGAGGACACAACAAGAGAAAUCUGUCGUGUAACUACGAACAUGUGGGCUAAUGGUGUCAUGAGCGGGCUCGACAGCCUCUUUCAUGUGGAACGUAAUAUGGAUUAUGAAGUCACUCGAUUGAUGAAUGAUUGGAGACAUGACAUCGAGAAGUUGAUGUCUUGGUUGGACUGGAGUGUAUGGGUCAAAUGCCGAUCUGCCUGCGGGACAGAGGAAAUGUGCUAUCUCCCUAGCCCGAGGCCAAGGCGCCCACCUCCUCGAAACCUCAAUGAUGCCCUGGAGGCAAAGUCUCUUGCUGAUCGAGCUGAACCUCCGCCCUAUGGUCUAGUCAUUGCAGAUUCGCCUUUCUUCUAUGUCACGCCGGAGGAUUUGAGGAAGCCCCAGCCAAGGUGCAUUAGGCGCCUCCAGCCGUAUCGGUGAUUAUUUUGGGCCUUUAUUUUAUAGUUGUUAGUCACCUGGACGUACACUUUCUAAUAGUCCUGUGCUUAUUAAUAACGAGAUUCACGAGUGUGUAUCGCUGCUGGAGCUUUA